UGGGCGUGAAUCUGCAGCUACUGUGUAACUGCAGCUCCUACAGUCUGUCUCACUCUGAACGACUACUCCCAAAAUAGUGCGCGAGCCCAGGAAGCCUCGGGGAAAAAAUGGCUGAAGUAGUUUCACCAAUAACAAGACAAGUGACUAAAGGAGACCAGGACACGCGGUCGCCUCCUGUCGUUGUUCGUCUUCAGGACGUGGAAGAGAGUUUGAUUUACGAUCGGCACGGAGUCUCUUUCCCUUUCAAGAGGUUAUGUCAGGACAGGAAAUCGAUCAUCAUUUUCGUGCGGAGUUUCUUGUGCUACAGCUGCAAGGAAUAUGUGGAUGAUUUGGGCAAAAUACCCAUAGAGACACUGGAGGAUGCUGACAUUAGACUGAUUGUGAUUGGCCAGUGUGAUUAUCAUCAUAUUGAGCCAUUCUGCGCACUGACCGGCUAUCCUCAUGAAAUGUAUGUUGACCCGCAGAGGUGCAUAUAUCAAAAGCUUGGGAUGAAGACGGAGGAGAGGUUUACAGACUGUGCAAAACGCAGUCCUCAUGUGAAGUCCAGUGUGUUUGUGGGCCAAAUGAGGAGUAUAUGGAGGGCCAUGACGAGCCCCAUAUUCGACUUUCAGGGUGACUUGCAUCAGCAAGGCGGCGCCAUCAUAGCGGGACCAGGCUCUCAAGUUCAUUUCUCCCAUUUCGACAUGAACCGCUUGGACCACAUGCCCAUCACCUGGCUUCUGCAGCUCGCAGGAGUGCAGCAGACGCUGGACUUCAGUGACAAGCCAAAGAUCAUCCACGUAUAACCCGCUGGUCGCCUUCUUUCACAUAUGUUGCUUGUUUACUUACAUCAACACAACACACUGACAAGUUGCCGGCAUGUCUUAAAUGUUAUAUAUUUAUUUAAACUUCGAUCGACCAAGAAUUGAUGCCUUUUGUAAAGAGAAAUCUGGCCAAAAAGACACUGUAAGAUAUUUGUCACUAAACUACCAUUGUCAAGUUUGAAACAUUCCCCUUUCCUUGUGCAGAGUGCAAUAUUUGCCUUGUAAUCAUGUUGAGAUUUUUUUUAAUUUAUUUUUUAUAUUGAUGAAAACAUUAAAAAAAAAAAGGUAUUUAUUUCAAUGUUAACUAAAAACGUAAGACGUGUUUAAUGUGCUUAAAGCUGCACGACUUUGAAUCGCGGUUAACAGUG